ACAAUUGCGAAUGGAAGAUAAAUUCGGAAAAAUUAUUCUUCGUGUUGAAAAGCCUUCCGUAUCUUAAUUUUUAUCAUAAAUUUUAUUAAACAUACAAUAAGAAUUAAAAAUAAUAUGGUAAUGAGUGCAGAUAUACGAGAUACAAAUAGAAAUGGGAAGCGAUCGCGAGGCUCCUCUCCUAGCACAACAAGCAUCAACAGUACCAGCAGUAAACAACCACCAACAACUGUUGUGGAUGAUCUAACACCAGAAACAUCAGAUGAUGAUACUCAUUCCAAAAAGAAUCUCGGCAAGGCCAAGAAUGGAAAAAAUGAAUUUGAAGAAAAAAUUCGUGUGGGAAAGGAUUAUCAAGUAGUGGUACCGGAAAAAGGCGUGCCUCUAGAACAUUACUUGGAAAAGGCUCUCUUAGUGUGGUCACCGGGUCAUGACAUUCCUGACAAUAAAAUUGACGAGUACAUCACAUUGGCCAAGGAAACUUAUGGCUACAACUCCGAACAAGCAUUGGGAAUGCUCUUCUGGCACAAACACAAUCUCGAAGAAGCUGUUAUUGAUUUGGCAAAUUUUACGCCAUUUUCCGAUGAGUGGUCGAAAGAAGACAAAGUUUUGUUUGAACAAGCAUUUCAAUUUCAUGGAAAAUGUUUUCAUCGAAUUCGUCAAAUGCUCCCCGAUAAAUCAAUUGCAAGUCUGGUGAAAUUUUACUAUUCAUGGAAGAAGACGAGAAGCCGAACAAGUGUAAUGGAUCGUCAGGAAAAGAAAAAGAGGGAAGGAGUUUCUGAAAAUGGAAGUGAAAACGGAAGUCCUGAAGAUUCUGAUAUUGAAGACAAAAAAUGGCCGAUUCGCGGUAUAAGAAGAACAAGUCGUUCACCCAAUCGACUUCAAUCUCCAAUGAACAGUAAUGCUGAUAACGCUUCAACAUCUUCGACUACAAAGUCAAUUGCAUCAAAAGCUCAGGAUGUUAAAAGAUAUGGAUCGUCAAUUGAUGGAAAAGGAUCUGGUGCAAACGAAAACAACAAAGAUACUGGAUAUUCGUCAUCUUCAUCAUCAUCAAAUGGGGUUUCAAAGUUGUCAUCUCAAAAUUGUCAGAAUUGUACAGUUCUCUGUGAUGGCUUGAAAUCAACACCAAUUGGAAGUUUCUGUUAUCAUGAUGGGUCAAGUAAAUACAAAAGAAAGCCACCAAAGGGAAUGUACAUCAAUCAUGACGAUGUUCUUAAGUUAGCUGCUCAAGAUUUGAAUGCUAAAGAUACUCCACGAAAACAGACUGUUUCAAGAAAGAAUGAUCUCUUAGUCGAAACUGAUCGUGAGAUUACAGUUUUAUAUGGUCAAAUUCAAACGAACAAACAAAAAAUCAGUUCAUUAAAGUCACGAAAUGAAUUUUUUGGUGAAGGGCGAUUGCACGAAGAAGUUGUGUUGAAUCGAGUAAAUAAUCGUUGGACAAAAGACGAGACGGCGUUGGCUUUAAUGGGUUUUCAAAGGCUUGGUCAGGAAUUUAAGGCGAUUGCUGAAAUUAUUGGCACAAAAACUGAGUCACAUGUUCGAAAGUUUUUCAUGAGUAAUCGUAAAAGCAGAAAUCUAGAUGUUGUUUGUCAAGAAGCUUCUGCACAAAAGACUAAAGAUGAUUCGAAGCAAAACGAAAACAUCGAAAUUAUGGAGAUUGAUUCUGAUGACGAUGUGCAAGUGAAAGAAGUCGAAGUUCUGGGAAACCUCGAUAACGUGGGAUUGAAUGCAAGUCUAAAGAAGGAUAACGAUGACAUUGCUAAUACAUCAGGAAAAACAAGCAUCAUGACAACAAGCACCGGUAAAACAUUGAAGCGAAAACAUUCUGAUGAUGUUUGUGUGAUCACCGAUGAUGGAAUUGAAACAAAGAAAAUUAAUGUUGAAAAAAGUCAAAUCGAGUCGAAUUCUGAGAUUACAAUUACACCUAUUCCUAAGGUUUCUGAUGAUAAAACUAAUGGAAAAGAGAUUGAAUAAUUAAAUAAUGUUCUGGUCUUACGCACGAUUGCGCGAAUAGAUAAAAAAAAUUUAAUUUAACUAUAAAUAGUCGCACAUUUUUCGAUAAAUCAAAUUAGGAAAAGAAACAUUUAAGAUUGAAUUUUAUUUAGGUAUCUUUUCAUUAUUUAUGACAUUUCAGGCAUCAAUUUAAAUAAACAUAGAAACUCAAAUAA